AUGCAAGUGAGGGAGCAGAGGGCUGUGAAGCAGAAACACGCUCCUGUGAAUCUCUCUGUCAGGGCGUCCGCUGCAACGCUCUUUUUGACCUCCGUUCAGCGGCUUACGGAGGCGCACGGCCUGUCAUUCUUUGCACUGCAGCGGAGGGGAAUUGCGGUGCGCUGCAGGGCGCUCACGGACCUGCUGCCUGCGAGCAGCAUGGAGGACGUGCUGAAGCAAGGCGCUCUGGAGAUGCAGAGGAGCCUCGCGACGCUGCGUCAGCCUGCGGAGGAGUGGAGCCGCCGUUGGAGGUGCCCUCACGCGGAGCAGGAGCAGGGGACCCAGUGCCUCACACAACUCGCCCUUCCAUCCGCGUUGCUCAGGCUUCUGCCUGACAUGGGCAUUACAAAAGCUUCCGAGCCCUUUUCUGUAGUCGGUGGUUUACCUCCCGCCAUGGAGUUUUGGGAGGGGUGUCCGCGCAACAGUGCAUGUCUCGCAGCAUCUUCGCCCUCUCUGCAUCCUCUCACCACGAUAUGUAUUAACGCGAUUGAAUCCAUUACUGAGAUCACGGAGGAUCUCCCAUUGGAAUCAAGGGUAGCAGCGGCAAAGCAUGCCCUUUCUCGUCAACGUGAAAAGAAGAUAAUUUAUAGUGAGCAGGGUGAUGGGGAAGACAACACCGCCAAAAAUGAUGCGAGUGACACCACAGGCAGAAGAGAUCCCGCACAGGAGCCAACAGUCCGCCUUUUUCUUUUCUCACCGUACGCCUCGUACGCCGCACUUUACGAGGCUGUAAACAAAUCAAAUGACUCUGAAAGUUUGUUUUUUGGUGGCGAGGCGUGUGAAGUGCUUCUUGUGUACAUCUGCCCCAUGACAGCUGCCGGCUCCGUUGGGCCGACGACACUGAACGAUAACCCCGAAAUUUGGGGACGCCUGCGAUACCAGCAGGCAGGAGAUGCGGAAAGUGCGACGCCAGGCAAUCGCCGGGGUAACCACGACGAGUUGUUUUUUAUUGCUGCCACUCUGGGAGAUUACUUGCGUCUUGGCUCCGCCUUCUCAUGGGUGUACGGUUGGCAGCUCUGCUACGCGCCCCAGGGACCACCACCGCGCUCGUUGCCUUGGCUAAAGCUUUUUUCCCCCACUGCACUCUCUGCGGCCAUUUCCACCUCCCUCUGA